UGCGCCCGCCGCCAGACGCACACCGCCGGCUCCCGAGACAGAGCAGCGUCCAAGCCGCGCGCCGAGAAAAAAGCAGCCGUCUAGCCGAAGGACGAGGGAGUUGCGCGGACACCGCCACUGACCGAGGGUCGCCUGCAGAGAAGGGGAGACAGCGGUGCCCGACGAAGGCAGCAUACAAGUCAGGCGAUCCGGCCGCAGCCCCUGCCCGGGAAUGGGCUUCCCUGCAGUGACCGUCCUGCUCAUCACAGUGCUGGUGGUCGUCGCCGAACCCCGACGAGAGAUCAAAUACAAAGUGAAGAAGCAAGACUUCUUGCAUAGGUAUCACGAAGAGAACAAGAAUCGUACUGAAGAAACUGUAUACGACAUUUGUCACAAGGUGGCGCUACGCCGCUGCGGUCAGAACUUCAUGCGGGCCUUCAAUCUGGUUGAAUAUCUGUCUGGCGCUGACUACUACAACACUCAGUGUACUCUGAGAAAGGCCUUUUUCGCAUGCCUAGACAAGCUGCGUCAGAAACCGUGUCGGAAGCGCCGUGCCUCUGGUCUCGACGACAAACGUUUCCGGAAAAAGCUGGCGGACGCCCUCUGGGAGACCAGAGUUUGUGUCCUCGGCAUCAAAGACAUCGAAGAGCUCCCGCCAAAGAAGAAAGGUCUCAAGUGACGUGCAAGGCUAGCCUAAUACCCUCUGCGGCGCCUUCUCCGUAUACAGGGCUGACGUCCACCAGUAGCCCGCAUGUGGAUGUAGUUGUCAUACUCGACCAUCGGGACGUCAUCGAUCCCCUCCUUGGUGUUGUUUACCAUCGUAAUGGUUUCGAUGCAUGUCUGGAAGUAAGUUUGGACACAGGGUUAUUACGCCAGGAUAUUUUAAAUAUUCGAAUCUUUGUUGUUGGUAGUUCAGCGCUCACUGUAGGAAUGAAAAAUAUUCUAACAGCGAACGUUGGCGAACUGUAUGCCGUAACACUGGCGCACGGCGAAACUACUACUUACUGCAUGUAUGUGGAGUCCACUCGAGUGCGCGUCUCUGUACCGCUGUGUUUUGCACUUCUGGGUAACGCUAAUAAGUUAUUUCUGUAGGUUUCUUUCCAAUUUUUAUUGCUAUUUCAGUGCACCUGGCCGCCUUCUGUAUUAGUAUACGACCGUCUGCACACGAAACCAUGUUAUUUUACAUCGACAAUUUGAGGUUAACUUGUUCAACAAGCUGGACGAAAGGGCCCUUUUCUGCAAGCAAAUUUUGCGCUGGAAAGAAAGAGAGCGAGAGAGAAAAAAUGCGCUUUGGUGUAUUUCUGUGGCUUUGUAGGGCUAAGUAGCAAUGGUCCAGCUGAUGUGCUGUGUGCCAUUGUCGUGUUUUAAUCUUUCUGUGUCCUGGACCCACGAACCUUAGAACAUUCGCUCUAUGGUAACUUCUCAGGUUACAUAUUCUAAACCUAUCACUAUGCGUGAAUUAGGAAUGCGUUGCAAAUAUUUUGAAGUCUAUCAAGUUUGUGCAUAAACAAACUGUUCUAAUACAAUCGUAUAACUGCGCUGCAAGACCAUGAACAUCACAAGAACGGAAAGAAAUAUGUUGUCUGAAUUUAGGGACGUAAUUUUAUUACCGAUGUAGUUUUUAACUGCUACAAAUUAUUGGAUUAAGAAAAAUCUCGUGACUGCAUAUACAGAGCUAUGUACAAGAUUAGGUAUAUUGGUCUAUAGCUAACAUGCUUGAAGUUUGAGCAUUGUAAUAGUACUGGCCGUUCUGUCACACGUACUGCGUGACAGAAAAAGAUUAAGUCAUGCUUCAAAGCGUAAUAUGCCACGCAUAUAAGGGCAAGGCCGAAUUCAUAAAGCCUUUCGUUUGUCAUAGUUGUUUAUCGUUGAACGGUGGCCUACACUAUUAUGCUCUCUAGCACGAUUGGCCUACGCCUGUUCUUACGAACCCGCUUUCAACCGCGUCGUUAAUGCGGACACUGAACGCUAUAACUGUGAACAACGUUGUUUGAGCAUGCAUUUAUUAACACUAACGAGGUAGACACUCAGGGAUAUUCAGAAAUGCACUUUCCACGAUAUUUCUUACUAUACUCCUAUAUUGUGUGUGCCAUAUCUGUCUUGCAGGUUGUGCUCAGUACGUGACAUGUUUUGCGUGAUACUUGUGUGCGUUGUGUUUCUUCGUGCGAUCAGGCGGGGCCUUAGAUCUAACAAACGGCCAGUCAUGAAAUCGGCAACCGAUAAAGGCAAGAAAAAUUGUGUUUCUAUCGCGGACUAAGGUGCGCGCCUGUUAGUCAUCACUUGCUAUGCGCAGGCAAUGAUGUAAAAGCGGCUCUACAUCAAAGGCUGUACUGGAGAUCUUGCUUCGAUGUAAGCUUCAAUACGUUAAGUAAAUUCGAAAAAAAAAACUGGCUUAGUGGCUGUGGUUACCGGUUUUGUUCACUUUAUCAGGCGAUACUACGCGCCGGCACUUCAGCAAGCGUCACGUCUGCUAUACCGAUGACAGAACAACUCAUUGAUGAAAUAGCUUCAAUUGCUAUACGCCACCGACGUGUGCUAUAUCAAGCCACUUGCCAACAGCUGCACCGAAAUGAAGCUUCAGUGAUAUAUCGGUUGAAAAGUUCCAAGUGCUUGCAUUUUCGAGUUGUUUAUUUGGUCUCAAGCUCCACACAUAGAGGCACGCACACAGAUACACACACGCCGAAAAAAUCGGAAGUUUCUUUGUUUCUGCUUACAGCUCCGUGAGGUUUUUAAUAUUUUCUGGCCACUGCUUAAGUUUUCUAACCAAAAGGCUUUCUCUCCAGCGGAACUAUGUCGCUGGCUUUGUAUGCACUGUAAGCACUGAGGUUAUCUAUAGCUUGAACAAGCGUGUUUACUUCAGGAAAAUAGCAGAUACUAAAAAGCAAGUAGCGUCCUGAGAGAAAGUCGUCAGCAGUUGUGUGCAAUGAAAGUAUGAUUGUAAGCGUAUUUUGAACUAGUUUCUUGUGACAUUUGGUUGCAUUACGUGUUGUGUAUUGAUAGGAAAAUUCUGGGUAGCACGCAAACUCGUAAAGAGUCACCCGCAUAAGCUGCGGCAAGUCGAGAAAAACAAACAAGAAAAAGAAAACUUACGUUAUCGAAGACAAAAAAACCAAGGCCAACGAAAUGUUUCCGAAAUUUGUUUCAAGACUUUUCCCAAAGAACCUUUACGUUGCGUCUUUCAAGAAGCUGCAGUGACAACAUAUUGAGUUUGUAUCCAGCGAAAACGACUAUAACUUCACAGUGUCGUGCAGCAUACCUGAAGUUAAACGAAAUUAGCUGAAUAAAGAUUGCGUCGCGGUCAUAACCUGUACGUCUCCGUUUGCACACUAUUAUUCAAAUUUUGGUUACUUGAAUUAACCAGUUUCGACCGAAGCUUCACCAGCUGUCGCCAAUGGCUUUGUGGCUUCGCGCUGUAUCUACAGUAACGUGGCAACGGUAAUAUGGACAUGUCACGACUAUGCCUCACGCGUCCCUGGCGUAUGAUUUUUUUACCGUGACAAUAACCUUAGGAUUAUACAUACCCUUUCGACCCAUUUGUUUUCUCAUUCUGCUAUUUUGCAAGUCAGCAUAUAAUGCACUGCCCAUGGAAAUGAGUAAUGAAUGAGAUACUAAGCUAUAGCUCAGUGGAUUUGCGCCGAAGUUGCAUUGCUUCCACGCUCGUAGAGACCACAGGCUUCCUUCUAACGUUCAUUACAUGAUCACAUGUUCGAUGGAAGCCCAUCCGGCAAGGAAAGUAUACGACAUAUUAAAUCAAGCAGUCAUCAAAAAAUGAAAGAUAGAUGGAAAAUGGCGUUUCGGGACUCACGCGGGUCCCUCAAAGGCCAACUGCAACACAAUUUUGGACCGUGUAAAUCAGUCUAGUUUGAGAUAGUGUAGAUAUAGAGCAGCCUCAGCGCAAAACCUUACGUUUGAAGUACGAGUGGAUGCGUCACGAAGGGCUCCCAAAAGUUGAAGUUUCUUAAUACCGAAACUCUGGUAAUGGCACAAGACUCAGAACGCGCGACUUAAUGCUACCUGAUGGUGGUGUUAGAGCGACACCUUGACAUGGCCUCCGGGAUUAAGCGCCGGUCACGGUAAAGCUCUCAGCUGCCCGCUGCGCGCUGGGAAAUCUCGGAGGCGGUGCACUUGUACUUCCGUCAUAGCCGCUAACACAAAGGCUACACGCUUCGUCUGCUUAGGUGCUAUUUAAAGGAUGAUAAUGAGAUAAAUUAGACAGUUACCAGCCCUGCAGCAUUGCCUAGAUUGCUUCAGUGGUAUAUGCCCUACGUACUUUUUCAUUACUAAUUUAGCAAAGUGAAACUUCGUUGCAGUUCGCCUUUAAGAAUGGAGGAACCGUAUGGACACCGAAACAUCGUAUUUAUGCCUUUUCUUUUUUUGCUAGCGAUUGUUUUAAUUUGCCAUAAGCUCUAUUACAGUUUAAUCAGAGUUAUUAAGUAAAUUUAAUAAAGGACUGUGGUUUAACUUUACUUGAACAAACUUCAAAAGACUUGAAGCAGCUGCUCGCUCAAGUGAAAGUUCAUUCAAGUGAAAGGAAACGAACACAUGAAGCUGCUGAAAUGGGAAGGUAUGUCCGAUAAAAUUGGAUUUCAUUGUAUCGUACGGUGCACUUGUUUAAAGGUAUGGCCUAGCUUUGUGUAUCUUUUCUAUAUCUCAUUCGUACUCAUGUGGUUGCAUAAAGUCGAUGCGAAUAAGGCUAUACAGUAGCAAUUCGUUAAGUCAUAUGUUUACUUCGUAUAGCAUUUGCAACAAUAUUUUAGCCAAUUAGCCAGAUAAGAAUCCUUCAAUAGAAAACUCUUAUAACCCGUUUACGAGGCUGCUUAGCGGUCAUGUACUUUUUGAUCCGUACAAGUAAUACAGCUCUUCACUUAUGAAAAAAAAAAGCAGUUUAUUUCCUUUUGACGUGACUUCAUUGAAAGAACAUUAUGUAAGCGGCGUACUCUAUGCAUUUUAUUAUUUCAACCCCCGUAUUAAAAAAGACGCAGCUCUUAAAUGUUGCUGUGAUAUAUCAAAAUGUACGUUCGGGCUUUCGCAUGACAAAUGCUGUUAAUGUUGUUUAUAUGUGAAAGUCAAGCGUGGUGGUGUUUUGGGGCAGUGUCACGUUUACAUUGUUCUCUGUGUUUCCCUUCUGACUCAUUUUGGCCUCCUGCAGUGUUAUGCUAUUAAGGAUGGUUUUGAAUGGUACCUGACUGUUUUAAUUCUUGAGCUUGAUCUUAUUUAUGAGAGCGCUUCUUCUUAUGUGUCUAUCUUUGCGUAUAUGUCGCGCGAAGUGUACAUAGUUCCUUCUUCGUAGAGUAUAAAACACGACAUGUUAUUGUGUAGGUACAACGUUAAAAUCAUGUGCCAAGUUAACGUAGCAUUUAACCGCUUAUAACUUUCGUAACAUUCCAACAACCGAGGGGCCCAUUGACAGGUGUGGCAGCAAGGUAUGAUGCUUUUCUAUAUGUGUAUGUAUUUUCUGUUUGUCUGUUUCAGUAGUGUGUAGAUGUGUAUAAACCGUUGACAAAUAAUAAAAUGUCCCCGAUGACAA